AUCGAUCAAAAAUGACCGACGACAUGACGAGUGAGUUGAGGUUAUGUGUUGAUUUAUCCAAAGUUUGAAGCUGAAUGUUAUUAUAAAAUUUUAAACUUUUCAUCGUAAGUAAUUUUCCAAUAGUUUGUAUUAUUCACUAGAGUAUUUAUGAACUGAUAUCAUUUACUUAUAACAUUUUAUUGGAACAGCUCCGCGUGCGUCAUACAAGCAUGGAAGUGAAUGUGAACGAUGUGGUUUUGCCUGGUGACAGAGUUUCAUCUGGUAACUUCAAGAAUUUGCCUAAAAGUUCCAAAAUUCUUGGACCUGGAUUGCGACUUUUUGAAGGACAAGUGUACGUGAGUAAAGGUGGAGUUUUAAAGCAAAAUAAACAGAUUUUCUGGGUUGAAAGUCAGAAGAAACGGUAUGUGCCAGCCAGCGAUGAGUUUGUAAUCGGGAUUGUGACACAAAAAUCUGGAGACUACUUCAAAGUAGACAUUGGUGCUAGUGAAUUAGCUUCUUUAAGUUAUUUAUCAUUUGAAGGAGCUACAAAAAAACUUCGGCCUGAUAUCAAAGUGGGAGAUGCCCUUUACACCAAAGUUCUCACCGCUAAACGGGACAUGGAACCUGAGUUGGUAUGUGUUGAUUCGCAUUGGAAAAAAGGACGGUUAGGUCUUCUAAAUACAAAUGGCUUUAUUUUUACUUGCAGUUUAACACUAACCCAAAAACUUCUGUCUAAAAAUCAUCCCUUGGAAAAAAUGGCAGAAAAUAAAAAGUUUGAAAUUGCUGUAGGUCUAAAUGGUAGAAUCUGGAUCAACGCUGAACCAAAUAUUAUAAAAUCUCUAAUCAAUACUAUAUUGGAACUAGAACUUUUAUCUGAGGAAGAUAUUAUGAAGAAUUGUGCUGCCAUUUUCAACAAAAAUUGUUAAGAACACUGGUUUUGCAAUAAUUACAAACAUGGUAAGUUUUAAAAAUUGUACCUAAUCAAUUGUGUAUGCUACUCAAUUUGUUCAUUUUUUUAGAUAUUACAAACAAGUAUUAAUGAUGUAAUAAAGUGUCUUCUAAAAAAAUCCAUUAAUUCAUCAUUAUUAUUCAAUCAAAAAAAUAAUAAUUCAUUGUUGAUAGUAAUCCAGAUAAACACAAUCCGAUUUAGAUCUUGCAGCAGGCGGAUCCAGGGGGGCCCCCACUUUCCCAAGUGGUAUUUUAGAAAAAAAUUGAGUGUGCAGAAAGUAUCAUGACAUUAAAUGAACAAAUCCAAAAAAAAUUCAAUAUUAAAAAAUAAAUCUCUCAAA